CUGAAAGAAGAGAAUGCCACUUUGAGGAGCAAGAUCAAUAAGCUUCAGAUUUUCUCUGAAACUCAAGCAGACAAGGUGAGGAAGCUUGAAAAAAAGCUUGAGGAAAACAAGAUCAAAGAGGAGAAAGAAGCGCAGGAUCUGGAAGCGAUGGUGCAGCACGUGGAGCAGAACCUCCAGCUGAUGACGAAACGGGCUGUUAAAGCAGAGAACUGCGCCACAAAACUGAAGCAGGAGAACGCGUUACUGCAGGUUCAGCUGAAGAAUUACAAGUCGGAGAACGAAGCGCUGCGGUCGGGGCAGGCAGCGAGUCUGGCCACGGUGAGGCAGAACGCGGAUGCUGCCCUGCAGAACCUUCUCACUGUCAUAACCAACUCCCGGGCUUCCAUCAGGCAGCUGGUGUCUGGAGCGGAGUCGCUGCAGCUCGUCGCUGAUCUCCUCACUUCCAUAGACAGGAUUUCAGAGGUGUCCCAAGAUGGGCAGUGA